CAACUAAUAAACAUAACCUAACAGUUUAGGAGAAUAUUGCCGGAACGUAAUAUAGUACUUAAUAGAUAUUAAAUAGAUUAACAUUAUUAAGCAUGAGGAAUUUGAUUAAAAAGUUAAUCUCAGUUACAAAUUUAUCAUUUGCUAGGAUAAGUACUGUUAGGCAUGCUUCAUCCAAAAGUGAUGCACAAAAACCAAAGGAAGAACCAAAGAAUGUCGAGCAAAUUAAAAAGAACAUAUGUGUUGAAAAGUAUGGUGGUGUGACAACUCUAAAUAUAGAUCGUCAAAUGACACGAAAUAGUCUCAAUGAAGCCACUUUAAGGGAGAUGACUGAAGCUAUUAAUGCCUUUGAAAAAGAUGCCGAAGCAAAAGUCCUAGUAUUCAACGGUGAAGGCGGAAGUUUCUGUUCAGGAUUCGACCUGGAUGAAGUUGGAGAAAAAGGAUACCAUACCUUAGUAGAUGCAGCGUCUCGUCUUUUACGUCGACCACUUUGCGACAAGCCCACUAUAGCUGCAGUAACGGGCUAUGCAGUGGGAGAAGGCUUCGAGCUGGCUUUGGCUUGUGACCUUCGAGUGAUCGAAGACACUGCGGUACUAGGAUGUCUUGGAAGGCGAUUUGGUGCUCCUCAAAGUCUCUAUGGUGGCAGGCGACUGACUGCACUCAUAGGGCUGUCUCGCGCUUUGGACUUGUUAAUGACGGGUCGGCCGAUUUCUGGUUGUGAUGCGAAUACUAUGGGCCUUGCCUGCAAGCUUACCACUACUGGCACUGCGCUCGGCGAAUCGAUUAAAUUGGCAAAAUCUAUCAUCAAAUUCCCACAAAACGCGCUGAUAAUGGACAAGCUAGCGGCUGUGAACUCCCAGUUGAAUCCCAAUAGUGAAGAGAGCAUGCGGGAUGAAGCAGUGAUGCAGAGCUUGUUAGGUUCAGCAAUUGAAGAUUUAAACCAAGGGAUUAAGAAAUUUCAAGGAGGAAUUGGAAAACAUGGCAAGUUUUAUAAGCUGACUGAUGUGCCUUUAAAAGAUUGGGAGCUGGAAGAAACUAUUGAAGAAAUUAUUGUUAAAGAGGAUGAGGAUAAAAAUAAAAAAGCCUAAUUAUUUAUACCUACCUUAGAUUAUUCAUGUAUCUAGGUAGAGUGUCACACUGCAAAAGAACGAAAAUAAAUGAGCCAACUUUAUUACUUUAGUGUGUGUGUGUGUGUGUGUGUACUUAGUGGCCAACUGUUGGUCACCAUUUUUUUCCAGGCAUUCUAUAAAACUGCUCUGCUUUAAGUACAAGUUUGUUAAACUGUGACAGUCUAUCUAGACAUAAAAAUAAUCAAAAAUACCUAGUAUUAGGAUGCUAUUUCGCCUGAACCCUUUUUUUUAAGUUUGAUUUAAGUAGUUCCUAGCCUAUUUCUAUUGAGCCAUUAAAAUAAACGCCAAAUUAAUAUUGUUAUAAGUAUUUAUUAUUGAACUUAAUAUGU